CGGCAAAGGGCGGAGUCGCCGGAGCGCCUGUGCCGCUGGGCGGGCCCGUCUCCCGAGGACCGCUCCGCCCCGUUUCCCCGGCCAAAGGCCGCCCGAGAGAAGGAUCCCGAUGGCCGGCGAGGAAGGAGGCAGCUCGGGCUCGUCUCCGGCGGCGGAGCCCAGUCCCGGCGGCGGAGAGGCUGGCGCGGCUGGCGGAGAGGGCGCUGGAGGCGGCGGCGGCGGCGUUGCCUACGACGGCAAGUGCGUUUUCUGCCGGAUCACGCACGGAGAGGAGGCGGGCACGGAGCUGCUGCCUUGCGAGCAUGAAGACUUGGUGUGCUUCAGAGAUAUCAGGCCUGGAGCUCCACAUCAUUAUUUAGUGGUGCCAAAAAACCAUAUAGGAAAUUGCAAGACUCUAAAGAGUGAGCAUAUACCAUUAGUGGAAAGAAUGAUGGCAGUCGGAAAGACUGUCCUUCAGCGGAAUAAAUUUAAUGACUUGAAUGAUAUAAGGAUGGGUUUUCACUGGCCUCCAUUCUGCUCAAUAGCCCAUUUACAUCUUCAUGUCCUGGCUCCAGCUAGUCAGUUGGGAUUCUUGUCCCGAAUGGUUUACAGAAUCAAUUCCUACUGGUUUAUAACAGCUGAGCAACUCUUGGAACGGCUGAAGGCUGAAAGUGCUACUAUCUGAAAAGCACUUUUUCCAGAUCACACAUCUCUGUGAACUGUGACCACUAAUUAUAGGGUUGGAUGUAAUUGUUAAUAUGCCAGGUGUGUGAAAAUGGCACUUGAAUCUGCUGCUAUACAAUGGUUGAACUCAUCAUUAAAGAACAUUGUACAAUAACAUGUCUCAGGCAAAUACCUGGAAAAACUGAGCACUUUCGAGAACAUCCAUAUCUACCAAUCGGAAAGUAAAAAUACCUAUCCUUCUCUGAAAGAAAAUACUGAUCUUGUAAAAAAAGAUAUAAUUAAAGUUUAAUAUAUGCCUCUGGGUUUGACUGUUCUUUGUCUAAACAAUGCAAGAGGUUUGUGCCUAUACAACACAUUAGUGACAUUUUUGGCAUUGCAAUGCUAGUGAUAGCUAUGAUGUCUUGGUGCUAAAUCACUCAUCGCACACAUGUACAUGACUGUAUGCACAGCAAGAGCUCUUAACAAGCCAUUGUGACCAGAGUAUGUCUUCCAUCUGUACUUAUAACUUGAGACAUCACACCAUUAGUAUGUUGGUCUAGGAUAAGAUUGUUUGAAUGUGUACCACUGUAAACAAUUGUAACCAGUUAAAUGCAUGUAAUUAAGAAUAGCUAGAAGGUGAAUUGCAGUGCAAGUUUACACAGUGCAAUGGUUUCUUUUUACUUUGUUACUAGUGAAAGGUAUCCGAUAUACGAAGUAUAAGAGGCUCGUGCUGAAACUAAAUUUGGAACCAUAACUAUAACUUUGGAUAUUUGGGAAAUAUUAAGCAUGUUGGGAGGCAUUGCCUACUGUGGGAAACUACCACUAUGCAGACAGACCUUGAAAUGGUUAUUUAUUAGUAUUUAUACAAUAGUUCAGUACCCAGAACAUCUUACAACAAAGAGUUUCUUAGUAUGUGAAUUCAUGAAUGUCGCCUGGUUCUCUUUUCUUUAAAAUCAAACAUAAAGCACUAAACCCAUUCUUAAGGGUAGAUUAUCGAAAUCUGUUUAUCAAACUUUAGAGGGAUAUACAUUAUUCACAGAUGUCCCAUUUUGACUACCUAAAGCCUUCAUCCAAGUGCUCAUCAGUAGAGGCAUCGGAGUUGCUUAUAUAGCAUACUGCUUGUCCACCUUACAUGGCCACAACAUUAGCUAAGUCGUCUCUUCCAACAAAAAUUAUCUUGUUCUUAGUCUACCUCCACAGCCUUAAUGUCAAGAUUGCAGAUGCUUUUAAGACUUGGCAUGAAAUGGCUUCUAAAGCACAUUUCAAAUCUAAUUGGAUUUCUUACUGAAAAAUUAACUUGAACAAGCACUUGCUGAAAUUGUGCAUUCUGGUACCUACUGCAUUACUAAAGCAACAUCCAAUUAUUUAGCACAGUUUUACAUCGUAGUGUUCAAAGUAUGCCAAAAUACAAUAACCCUUUAUGUUCCUUUAUGGCUUUAGCAUUUUAAUCCUCGUAUUUGUUGGCAUGUAUUCAUUUUGAUACUUGAGUCUGGAUUCUAACUACUGUUGGUUAAAAUAAUCAACAAAUGUCUUCCUUUAGUGGAGUAGUAGUUGUAUUUAUACCAUGUUGAAAUGUGUUAUGUAUGAAAAGCAGUUGUGAUUGUGAGUUUAUGUACCAUUGGAAACAUAACAGCAACCUUAAUACUGUUUGAAAAAGAAGCUAAUAAAAAUCAGUGUGUAGAGAUGAA